GCCACUAUAUCUAUCCUCGUCCUUAUCCUCGCCCUAAAUUUACUUACACCCACCACAACCGCUGCGCCUGGUUACCCACUCGCACUGUCAUCUUUUGAAACUAAGGUAAAGUUGUAUUUACCAUAGAGCAUGGAUCAAUCAAUCACCAACAAGACGCACAGAUCCAGUUCGAUUCAACUCUUCUCUUUUGUUUUCCCUGGUGCUCUCAUUCUAUCACUCACACUCUCGAGACCACAAAAGAAUACGCAACGGCCAGAGAGACAGAUCGCCAUUGACAUAUUCUACCCCUCCAUUUUUUCCGGUUUGAAAUAGCUCUAUCGUAAGCACGUCUUAUUUGCCCUCGAAAAGCGUGCUCCUCAGGAUGGUGGAGUACCUGGUGCUGUACU